CAUACACACGCAUACAUGGUUGAAUUUGUAGGCAUUGUGAAAUCAAAGACACACCAAACUAAAACCCUUUCCCUUCCCUCUCUUUCUCUCCCUCUUCAAUCGCAUCCCAAAUUUUCUCACCCUUUCUCGGAAAAUAUCAUCAAUUUUCUUUUACUUUCCUUUUUCGUAUCCCCACACACAUAUGUUUAUAUAGAUUUGAGAAGCAUGAAGGAGAAACCCUAGUUCAUCGAAAACCCUAAUUGGAUGGUUCUACUCUGAUUUCGUUUUGCAAUUCGGUGAAACCAGCAUUAGUUUCUGGAGAAAUUUGUGUUGGUCUCUUGAUAUACGCAUUUCAAUUUUGGGAGAAAAGAGGAGAGAGAAUGGAGGGGAUACCGCAUCCGAUACCGAGGACUGUAGAAGAAGUGUUCGCCGACUUCAAAGGAAGAAGAACUGGUUUGAUCAAGGCUCUCACCACUGAAGUCGAGAAGUUUUAUCAGCAGUGCGAUCCUGAUAAGGAGAAUUUGUGUUUAUAUGGACUUCCAAAUGAGACAUGGGAAGUCAACCUGCCUGUUGAGGAGGUGCCUCCUGAGCUUCCCGAGCCAGCAUUAGGUAUAAACUUUGCGAGGGAUGGAAUGCAAGAGAAAGACUGGUUAUCACUUGUUGCAGUUCAUAGCGAUUCAUGGUUGCUUGCUGUUGCGUUCUAUUUUGGUGCACGCUUUGGGUUUGGUAAGAGUGAAAGGAAGAGACUUUUCCAGAUGAUAAAUGAACUCCCAACUGUAUUUGAAGUUGUGACAGGAAAUGUUAAGCCGCCAAAAGACCAAUCCGGUGCUCAAAACAACAGUAACAAAAGCAAAUCAAGUGGGAAGCCGCAGUCUCGGUCUGAGCCACCCCAGCCUAAGGCAGUAAAGAUGUCUCCUCCUCCACCUAAAGAGGAGGAUGACAGUGGGGAGGAGGAAGAAGAAGAAGACGAUGAACAGGGAGCCACACUAUGCGGUGCUUGUGGGGAUAACUAUGCCAACGAUGAAUUUUGGAUCUGCUGUGACAUAUGUGAGAGAUGGUUCCAUGGCAAAUGUGUGAAGAUUACACCUGCAAAAGCUGAGCAUAUCAAGCAGUACAAGUGCCCUAGCUGCAGUAGCAAGAGGGCUCGAGUUUAAAAACAUCAAUAAAUUAAAAAGGACGAAGUCUAGAACUUUUUUUUUUUUUUGGGUGACUUUUUAAAGUGAAACAAGGCAAGACGAUGAUGGCCCAUCUUAGAAAUUUAAUCAACUAGAAUGUCUGUUGGUGGGAUUUGAUGGGAUUUAGCGUAUGCUACUCUUUUAUGUUACAUGUUUGUCUAAAGUCUUUUCUGGGAAUUGUGCUUUUAGCAGUUGCUAGGAAGAAAUUUUUGUGCAUUAUCAUUCUGUGUUUGAUUGAACAUGCACUGCUUUUAUUCAUGAUCAAGAUUGGAUAAUGCAUACCCAUGUUUUUGCAUUUGCUUGGGCAGUUUCAUAUUGUAAUAGAAUGGUUCAGCUUUUAGCCCCCAGAAAAUGAAAAUUGCUGUAGUUUUCUUAAUUUUUUCAAUGAAGAGGCUAAUAUUGAGAGA